AUGUUUUCCUUUUCCCAACAAAUUCAAGCACUUCCGGUCCGUAGACGGCACAAGAACAACAACCUGUCUUCAAAGUUUAAUAACCAAAAAGUGCGUAAUGGAGGAAUAUUCUUGCAAGUAGAAAGAGUUACAAAGACCGGCACUGAAUCUGACCUGAUCAAGCACAUAAUAGAAAUGAAAGAUGUUAAGCGAAACCAGGCAGCAUGCCUCAAGUUAUAUUGCCAGCAAGCAGAAUCGAAGAACGCAACAACAGCUGUUCUUCAAGUUGAUUGGUCUCAAAGUUACAGAUGCUUCUACCAAAAUGAAAUUUAUGAUGCUUAUUGGGACAGAAAGGAACAUCAAGUUUCAAUUUUCACUGCCAUGAUGUGGCAUCGUGGAAAGCAAUCAAUGGCUGUCGCCAUUGAAAAAAAUGUUAAUAUUAUCGAUGAAAACUAA